GCCGCACGUCACCGCUUCCGACGCACGUUGCUCGUUAGUUGUUUUAGCAAUUAGCAGUUAGCAGUGAAAUCGACACAUCGUUCACGUUCAUGGCGAAUGGAUGCAAGGACGCGUUGUUCACACGCGGGGCUGGACAGAGUGAUGAUUCGGAUAUCUGGGAUGACACAGCGUUGAUAAAGGCAUAUGACAAGGCAGUCGCAUCAUUUAAGACUGCACUGAAGGGUGAAGAUGAGCCGCAAGCCUCCAAGAAAAACCAACCAGGAAAAAAACGCAAGAACAACAAAAAGAACCAGAGCAGGAAGCGAACAAAUGCACCACUGGAUAGAGAGUGGCAGGUUGGAGACUCGUGCAGUGCGUACUGGUCAGAGGACGGCCAGCUCUAUGCAGCCACCAUCUCCUCCAUAGACAAGGAGAGGGGCACCUGUGUAGUUGUUUUUACAGGAUACGGCAACGAGGAGGAUCACAACCUUGACGAAUUGCUUAUGGAUAUUUCUGAGGGUGAUGAGGAAACAAAUACCAAGGCAGAAUCGUCGACAGAGGAGAGUGACAGGUCAACCACAUCAAACCAGCACAAACAACAGCCACACAAUAAACCCCAAAAGACCAAGGCCCACAAAGAACCUCCUCCUAUGUGGGCUCCUGGUUUCCCUGGGUUUCCUCCAGGUCCACCUCCCAUGCAUUCUUCCAGACAGGGGGGAAGCAGACGAUCUGGUGGUCAUGGGCCUGUACCUCCUUCCUGGCCUCCCAUGAUGCCUUUUGGUCCACCAAUGAUCCCUCCACCUCCACCAAUGAGCCCUGACAUGGUCGAUGACGAGGCCUUGGGCAGCGUGCUCAUCUCCUGGUACAUGAGUGGAUAUCACACAGGAUACUACUUGGGGUUGAAACAAGGACGCAAAGAAGCUGCCAAUUGGACGAAACUGCACCACAAAUGAAAUGACCAACUCAAGAUUUUAGUUUCAUUUACUCAGGGCAUCACCUGGAGCAGCCACCCUCCCCGCCGUGUCUGAUUUGUGUCCUCCUUAAUUCAAAAGGAAAUGUUCUAAAUGAAAUGUACAGGCUGGGAACAGAGCGUUCACGGAGAAGACUUUUGUAUUCUUUGUAAAUAUAUUAAAUAAAGGGUAUCAGAGCACAGUUGA